AUAUUCAUACCACGAGUUCACACCUGUCCAUAUCCCAUACGUUUAGGUUAUUGCAUUUUGCCAUUUCCAUUUCAGUGGCUUUACUAUAUAUGGUACUGAAAUUAGCAUUGCUUGUCUUAGAAUCAAAUGGGCUACUCUUCUUUCAAGGUUGAGAUGUUAUUAACUGUAUUCUCACUUGCACUUCUCCUCCCUGUGAUUCAUGGCUGGGGAAGUGAUGGCCACUUCAUUAUUUGCAAAAUUGCUCAGUCUCGGAUGAGCGAAGCUGCUGCAGAUGCUGUAGAGCAACUUCUGGCAGAGUCUGCGGAGAAUGACUUAGCGAGCCUGUGCUCAUGGGCAGACAAUGUCAGAUUCCGGUACCGUUGGUCAGCUCCUCUUCAUUACAUUAACACCCCAGAUCUCUGCAACUAUCAAUACAGUAGGGAUUGCAAGGAUGAAGAUGGAGAGACAGGGAGGUGUGUUGCUGGUGCAAUUAAUAAUUACACUUCCCAACUUCUUACCUACAUCAAUGCCUCCUCCCUGCAGACUGAAUAUAAUCUCACAGAAGCACUUCUUUUCCUUUCUCAUUUUAUGGGGGACAUCCAUCAGCCUCUGCAUGUGGGUUUUGCUUCAGACAAGGGAGGCAACACAAUUGAUGUCCAUUGGUACACAAGGAAACAAGUCCUUCACCAUGUCUGGGAUAGCAGUAUAAUUGAGACAGAUGAAGAAAGAUCCUACAACUCAAAUGUGGAUGACAUGAUUGAUGCAAUUCAGCAGAAUAUUACGACAGAAUGGUCAGAUCUAGUUCAAAGAUGGGAGACUUGCAGUCGAAACAAGCCGACCUGCCCAGACAUAUAUGCAUCUGAAGGUAUCAAAGCAGCAUGUGAUUGGGCAUAUAAAGGCGCACCUGAAGGAUCAGUACUAGAAGAUGACUAUUUCCUAUCUCGGAGAUCAAUAGUGACUUUGCGAUUAGCUCAAGGUGGAGUUCGAUUAGCAGCCACUCUCAAUCGCAUAUUCAAAUGACUCAGUCUGGUUUUUAUUAAUGUUCAGGGUUAAGUAAAGCAUGCCUAUGCUAUUCUUAAUGUUGUGUUUCCUUUGAUCAAUUACAUUUGCUGGGAAAACAAUAGUACAUAAAUUCUAAUAAUUCUUGCCCUGUUUUCUUCAAGAAUUAUAGUCAGCAUUUAACAUUUGC